UUUGACAGCAUCUAACUUGCAUGAGUAGCAGCUCAGUGGCCUGUCCAUGUCCAGUGGCCCGGCGGCUGUGCACUGCGCAUCCCACUCUCUGUGCAUCCUACCCCGGAUUCGCAGGGGAGGGGGGCCGGCUGCGAAAUCAGGCAAAGAGCAAUAAUUGGACCGCAGCUGACUGACUGAGAGGAGUUUUAUGUCAGGCGGAAGUGCAUGAACCUCGACUCCCGGAGAUUGUAUAGGUUCUCCUAACCAACCAUGUCAAACGAACACACACCCCUGCUCACCCCAGGGGUUUGUGGUCUGACUGUUGGCACAGCAGCAUGCGGCACGGCGUCAGAUGUUACCCCUGAAUCAGGCCCUGGGACCGGCCCGCCGAAUAAAGAUCCCCGAAAACUUGACACCUUUUUCGGGGUGAUGGUGCCCACCAUCCUGUCCAUGUUCAGCAUUGUGCUGUUUCUGAGAACUGGGUUUGUCGUUGGUCACGCGGGGCUCUUGCAGGGUCUGUUAAUGCUGGUUGUAGCCUACACCAUAAUAUCUCUUACAGUGCUGUCCAUCUGUGCGAUUUCAACCAACGGCGCUGUACAAGGAGGUGGAGCCUAUUACAUGAUAAGUCGAUCACUGGGCCCUGAGUUUGGAGGAAGUAUUGGUCUGAUGUUCUUCUUGGCCAAAGUGUGUGCAUGCGGAGUGUAUGUUCUUGGCCUUGUGGAAGCCAUACUGGAUGUGUUUGGUUCAGAUCCUGAGUCGUCUGUGUCAGAGCGGAUACGUGUGCUUCCUCAGGGUUAUUGGUACACCGUGUUGUAUUCCUCAAUCAUCCUGCUGUUGUGCCUUAUGGUUUGUCUGGUGGGGGCUCACAUCUACUCCCGCACGGCCUUCGUCAUCUUGCUGGUGGUCACCGUAUCCCUGCUGUCCAUUUUCAUCAGCUUUCUGGCAGUCAAGCCCCAAGACUUUGUCAUCACCCACCAGGGACCCGGCAACCAGACGUCCCACUUCAACGUAAGCUACACAGGCUUCAGCGCCUCCACGCUGAGGAACAACCUGGGCGCUGGUUACUCUCUGGACUACAGCACCAACAACCUCAUGUCAUUUGCCACCGUGUUUGCCGUCAUGUUCACCAGCUGCACCGGAAUCAUGGCUGGAGCCAAUAUGUCAGGUGAGCUGAAGAACCCGAGCGUUUCUAUCCCUAAAGGCACCAUCCUAGCAGUCCUCUACACCUUCACCGUCUACAUCCUCCUCUUCAUCAUGGUCAGCUCCACGUGCAGCAGGGGCCUUUUGAUUCAGGAUUAUGGGUUCUUCCAGCGAAUAAACAUCUGGCCGCCAUUUGUCACCAUCGGGAUAUACUGUGGCGCUCUGUCAGCAGCCAUGAGCUCUAUGAUCGGGGCGUCCCGUAUCCUUCACGCUCUUGCAAAGGAUCAACUCUUUGGUUUGCCGUUGGCCCCCGCUGCCGUCAAAUCACGCUCUGGUAACCCAUGGGUGGCAGUGUUGUACACGUGGGGUUUGACACAGUGUGUCGUGUUCGCAGGCCAGCUCAAUGCCAUAGCUGGCUUGGUUACUGUUUUCUACUUGCUUGCCUAUGCUGCCGUUGACCUGGCUUGUUUGGCUCUUGAGUGGGCAUCCGCACCAAACUUCAGACCUACCUUUCAGGUUUUCUCGUGGCACACCUGUCUGCUCGGGAUUGUGAGCUGUUUGGUGAUGAUGUUUGUCAUUAACCCCGUGUACUCAUCAGCCAGCAUCAUCCUCCUGUUGCUGCUGCUGCUUAUCCUCCACUACAGGGCGCCCACCAGCAGCUGGGGUUACAUCAGCCAGGCGCUCAUUUUCCAUCAGGUGCGUAAAUAUCUGCUGAUGCUCGAUGUGAGGAAAGACCACGUGAAGUUCUGGAGGCCGCAGGUUUUGUUAAUGGUGGCCAACCCUCGCUCCUCCUGUCAGCUCAUCCUCUUCGUCAACCAGCUGAAGAAGGGAGGGCUCUACGUGCUGGGCCACGUGCAGCUGGGGGAUCUGGACACUUUGCCAUCAGAUCCAGUCCAGCAGCAGUAUAACUUCUGGUUGAGCCUUGUUGAUAAGCUGGGGGUGAAGGCGUUUGUGGACCUGACCCUGUCUCCCUCCGUCAGACAGGGAACACAGCAUCUGCUGCGGAUCACGGGCCUCGGUGGGAUGAAGCCUAACAUGCUCAUUUUGGGUUUCUACGACAACUGCACCCCUGAGGACUUCUUCCUGCAAGACUCCGCGUUCUGUGACUCAUCAAUGGGCAAGGGCAGCGACGGGGAAUAUAAUUUUGGCGUUGAUUUGCCUUCGUUGCAGGCCCAUUUCCCUCCAGUCCGCCACGUGGAGAGCCCACGAUGGCUGUUGCCGGAGGAGUAUGUGGGAAUCAUCUCGGAUGCCAUCAAGAUGAACAAGAACGUCUGCCUCGGCCGCUACUUCUUCCAGCUGGAGGGGGAGGACAAGGACAGCAAGGUGGACGGGUCAGAGCGGACCAUCGACGUGUGGCCGCUCAACCUGCUGCAGCCGGGCAGCCGAGACUGUGUGGACGUGUGCAGCCUCUUCCUCCUCCAGAUGGCGUGUGUGCUGAACAUGUCCAACAGAUGGCGCCAUGCGAGAAUGAGAAUCUUCCUGAAUGUAGAGACUGAGUCCAGUGACCAGGGCUGGGUGGUGAAUGAGGAGACGUUUCGGGAGUUGCUGAGGAAGCUGAGGAUCAGGGCGUCAAUAAAGAUUGUGCCGUGGGACUCGGUGGCGCAGCACCGCGCUCAGCCGGAGGAAGACAGACCGACACAAGCUCUGUCUGAGGAGCUCCUAUCCGCAGUGAACUCCCUGCUGAUGGAGCACAGCUCCCAGGCGGCUGUUCGCUUUCUGUACUUGCCCCGCCCGCCUGCUCAGUCCAGCCAGGCGCAGCAGUACUUGGCUAAUUUGGAAGCAGUGACCAAUAGUUUAGGCCCAACACUUCUGAUUCAUGGGGUCACCCCAGUCACAUGCACGGAUCUCUGAGCUUCAGCAGUUUUUCAUAUAUAUGUUGUCUUUUUUUUUUUUUUUUUUUUUUUUUUUUUGUUAAUCUUAAGGGAUUUGAUAUUAUACAUGCAAAAACAUCUUAUCUGGCUGCUUACUUAGGCAUAAGCAUAGUUACUGAUUAAAAGGAGAAUUAAAACAUAUAAGUACUGAAAAGUGGAUGCUAAGAAUACAGUAGCACAGUUACUCAACACUAUAUCACUUACUGUAAUACAACUUUGUACUCACACAUCUCACUUAAGCUUCGGGAAAAAAAAAAAAAACAGGUGCAUUUUGAGCAUCUCUAAAAUUCCUUUGUUUUGUAUUUAAAUAGGAUAUUUUCCUAUUUUCAUAUAGUUAAGCUCAAUGGAUGGUAUUUCCAAGGGAGUACUACUAAUGUCUGUGGGUGAGAUCCAUGUUGGUAAAACCUGCUGUCUGCAUUUGUUUUAUGUCUGUUUUCACAUAAGACAGUGUUUAAUUGAUUAUUUUGAACAAAAAAAAAAAUUGUUUUGAGUCAUAUGAGUUGUCUAGGACAUUAAUUAUAGCAACAUGUACAUAUGGAUGUAGAUGUGGAGGGAUUCAUUUUUCAAGCCGCUUAUCCUGCUGGAGCCUAUCUCAGCGCUCAUUUGUCGGAGGGAUGAUUAAUUUGUCAAUUGUUUUGUAAUAAUAUAAAAACACAUCCCCUGUGUCAGUUUAUGAAUGGUGCUGUGUUGAUGCUAAUUUUAACUCAGUAUUUUUUUCUGCUUGUUUUUUCCUAUUUUAUGAUGUCUCUGUUGGUUGCCUGGAGCAGCUUUCUCCAAAGAUGUUAUUCUUGAGCUGACAUGUUUUCUGUUUUUUUUUUUUUUAUGUUUUCCUUACAUUAAUGCAAAGGCAUACUGUCUUGCUGCAGAAAGUGCAGAACACCACAAAGGGACCCGUUUCUGCUCAAAUGCUUUGUUUAUAUGAACUUGUAGCUCAAAAAAUAUGGAUUUAUGCGCAUCAAGUGAUAACUGUUUUUUGAACUAUGUGUGAUGAUUUAGCCAGUUGUUGUCUUAUUUAGUGUGUCAGUCUACUGGCACUUCAGGACACUCUGCAAUCAGUCCAAAAAAGCCAGUUACAUGAAUGAUGGGUUCAGAAUUUUACGAAAUCGAUCUUAAUAAUCCAAUGGCUUACUCACUUAUUUAGUUCAAGACGCUUAUGACUGCAUGGCUGCUGGUUUGAAUCCCUGGACUCACAGGGAUGAUCUGGGUGGAGAGAAAUCAAUACUACUGAAGAUGUGUGUAUACAUGACAAAAAUCUCUUGGUUUUUUUUUUUUUUUUUUUUUUUUAUAUAAACCUUGACAGGAAGCUACCUAAAGUUACCAAUAAGACAGGCUUCUUAAAAUCCUGAUUCUUCCAUCAUAAUAUUUAUUACUGUGGGUCACUGUUAAAAGGCUGUUCAUUCAUAUGACAUAGGAGUCAUAACUUACCAAAUGUACUGUAUAUUGUCAUCUCUGUAACUGUAACAUGAUAAAUUCUU